CCUCUGACCUGACGCGAUUGAUCGUAGUUUUGACUCCGAAAAGGCCAAAGAGAGAAACGACAAGGCACGAGCGAAAUCCGUCUCGCAGAUUCUUCACAGAGAGAGAGAGAGAGGAUCUUUCGCUUCCAAGGAUCCUUCUGAAGCGAUGGCGUCGUCGAGGAAGAUAACGCUGAGGAGCUCCGACGGGGAGUCGUUCGAGGUGGAGGAGGCGGUGGCGGUGGAGUCGCAGACGAUCAAGCACAUGAUCGAGGACGACUGCGCCGACAACGCGAUCCCGCUGCCGAACGUGACCAGCAAGAUCCUGGCCAAGGUGAUCGAGUACUGCAAGAAGCACGUCGAUGCCUCCAAGGCCGAGGAUCGCGUCAACGACGAGGAUCUCAAGGCCUGGGACGCCGCGUUCAUCAAGGUGGAUCAGGUUGAUCAGGCCACCCUGUUUGAUCUCAUCCUGGCUGCAAACUACCUGAACAUCAAGAGCUUGUUGGACCUCACGUGCCAGACAGUGGCUGACAUGAUCAAAGGCAAGACCCCUGAGGAGAUACGCAAGACCUUCAACAUCAAGAAUGACUUCACACCAGAGGAGGAGGAGGAGGUGCGGCGGGAGAACCAGUGGGCGUUUGAAUGAUUUAUCUCUUUUAAGUGUCCUCUUGAGCCAAUGGAGAUGAUUUCUGUUCAUUUUGCCCUGUCAGUCUUUUAUAGUCGUUGGAACAUCCAGUAUGUGACUUGCUUCGCUCCUGAAUGUAGAUAGUGGUUCUUUAUGGCGGGAAUUAUUGGUUGUUGGGAGCCUGUCUCGGACUCCAGUUUGCUUUCAAUGUCCACUAAGAUUAUCCAGUCUGAUGGCCCUAUUGAUUUGAUUAUGAUAAUGUGUGCAUUUGAACCUU